GUGACCCUAAUUGGCAUUGUCCUCUAUGUUCCAGGUGUCAGCGACGGAUCCGGACUGCGGAGUGAACGCCAUGGUGAACUAUACCAUAGGGGAUGGAUUCAAGCGCUUCAAAGAGUUCGAGAUACGGCCAAUGACGGGGGACAUCUGCAUCUCUGGCCAGCUGGACCACGAAACACGAGCGGUCUACGAGUUCCCUGUCGUGGCCACGGAUAGAGGUGGGCUCAGUACAACAGCCGCCGUCAAGAUACAGUUACUAGACGUCAACGACAACCGCCCAACGUUCUACCCCCAGCAGUACAAUGUAUCCCUCCGCGAGCAACACAGGUCCUCCUCCUCACCUGUCGUGGUGGUCGUCGCUACAGAUAAGGACGCCGGUAUCUACGGACAGGUGACCUACGAGAUCGUGGGCGGUAACGACGCUGGCAUCUUUCGCAUCAACGGGAAAUCAGGGGAGAUCUUCGUCAAACAGCCUCUCUCUAAGGCCACACCCAUGUACCACAUCAACGUGUCUGCCCGUGACGGUGCUGGACUCAGGUCCGUGGUGGAUGCCGAGGUAGCCAUCUCCGUGAUCGACACCAACCAGGAGCCGCCCAUCUUCGAGAAGCCCCGCUACAUCUUUGGCGCCAACGAGAGCGUCUCCCAAGGCACCGUCGUCGGUACUGUCACCGCCACGUCCAGCGGUAGGGGUGGCGGCGAGGUGAGGUACAACAUAUACUCCGGGGACCCCAAUGGUUACUUCAGUAUAGACAGCCUGAGUGGUAUGUUGAGCACCGCCUCGCCCCUCGACCAUGAGUCACACCCCUUCGUCCUGCUCAAUGUCCUCGCUACUGCCGGUAACCCACCCACCUACGGUCACACUCAGGUCAACAUCAGUAUUUACGACGUGAACGACAACGCCCCGGAGUUCGAUGUGAACUCCGUCAAGAUCUCGGUGCGGGAGAACGCAGAGCUCAACAUCGCCAUCUACGCCACCCACGCCACCGACCACGACUCCGGCGAUAACGGCGUCAUCACCUACACCCUCGUCCAGAACCCCGGCAAUGUGUUCAUCAUAGAAGAGGAUCAGGGCAUCCUCAAGUUGACUGAACAGCUGGACUACGAGGAUGUACAGAAGUACACGGUGGUGAUCGGGGCGCACGACCAGGGUGUUCCCCGCCUCUCCUCCAACCUGACGGUGAACCUGGAAGUGCAGGACGUCAACGACAAUCCUCCCGUGUUCGACAAGACGUCCUAUGUGGUGAGCGUCCUGGAGUCCCUACCGGCCAACUCUCAGUUCCUGCAGGUGACCGCGGUCGAUUUAGACACGGGCAACAAUGCCAGGCUGACCUACACCAUCAGGGAGAAGGAGUUUGAGAACAUCUUCGGCAUUUUCCCCAACUCUGGCUCACUCUACCUGAAGGAGGUGCUGGAUCGUGAGACCCGGGACCGGUACGUACUGACGGUAGUAGCUACGGACAACGGAACCCCCGUCUCCACAGCUUCCACCACCGUCACCAUCAACGUCCUCGACGCCAACGACAACACUCCUUCUUUCUCCAGACAGGUGUACGAGUUCACGGUGGAGGAGAACUUGGACUCCGGGGCGGUGGUGGGCAGCGUGACGGCCGAGGACCGCGACCUUGGCAACAACGCCUCCCUCAGGUUCUCUCUCACACCAGCAGAUGGCUCUUUCCAGAUCAACCCCGUCACAGGAGAGAUCGUAACCCGCGUGGCCCUGGACAGAGAGCUGAAGGCGGUGUACGAGGUGACGGCGGAGGUGCACGACGAGGGGCGGCCGCCACGUCACGCCCGCGCCACCGUCAGAGUCCUCGUCACCGAUGUUAACGACAACUCCCCAACCUUCAUCGAGCCCCGUGAGCCAUCAGUCAGCGUCAGGGAGGAACAACCCGCCGGCACCGAGGUCCUGCAGGUUCGAGCGACAGACCGGGAUGAGGGCAACAACGCCUCCAUCACCUACUCCUUCAUCACCAGCGACGACAAUGAUGAUGACAGUGCCUUCAACAUCAACCCGACCACCGGUGUUAUCACCACCACCAAGAUUCUGGAUCACGAGGUGAAGCAGGUGUACCGCGUCACAGUGUUGGCCAGUGACCAAGGAAACCCGCCCAAAAACGUCACCAAGGUCAUACAGAUAGAGGUGUUGGACCUAAACGACAAUCGGCCCACCUUCCCCGCGUCGUCGAUGGUCUUCAAGGUGAAAGAAGGUGUGAAGGUGGGCGAGGAGGUGGGUUCUGUCAUCGCUGUGGACAGGGACGCCGGAGAAAACGGCCGUGUCACUUAUACCAUCCUCACUGGCAACACCUACGGCACCUUUGAUAUCAACAAGACGACGGGGCAGGUGUUCACUGCUAAACAGGUAGAUUACGAGCUGGCCACGGAGUACAUGCUGCAGGUGAAGGCUGUUGACUCCUCAGCCACUAACCCCCAGAGCUCCAUCAUCAACGUCAAGAUAGAAGUCCAGGAUGAGAAUGAUCAGUCUCCCAUCUUCAAAGAUGAUCCUAUCAUUUUCUCUAUCAGCGAGAACACAGUUAUCGGUACACCAGUGUGGAACUUCACUGCCACCGACCUGGAUUCAGGUGACAAUGGAUAUGUACAGUACUCACUGACGCAGCAGAGGCCCAAGAAGGUGUUCAAAUUGGACUCAACGACUGGGAUGUUGACCCUGAUGGCGCCCCUUGACCACGAGGAGCACCAGGAGUACACGCUCGUAGUGACGGCUGCUGACCAGCCCCGGGACGAGACCCACAGCCGUCAGGCUUCUGUCACCGCGCGCAUAUUGAUCGAGGACUACAACGACAACUCGCCCAAGUUCGUAUCACGGGGACGUGUUGACAUCAUGGAGGAUGAGCCUCGAGGAUACCCGGUCCUACACGUCAUUGCAACUGACGAGGACUCGCGUGAUAAUGGCCGCGUCACUUAUAUCAUCAGUUCUGGUAAUGAAGAUGCUAGUUUUGCUCUUCACUACGAAACAGGAGUGUUGAGUAUAGUAAAAGCCUUGGACCGCGAGCGUGCCACUCAGUAUCGCCUCAAUGUGACCGCAAGUGACCACGGUCAACCUCCACGUUCUGCUGCGCAGGUCAUAGAAGUCUUCAUUGAAGAUGUCAAUGAUAACCCUCCCAAGUUUAGUCAGCCUGUGUACCGGGCCAAUGUCUCCGAGGGAGCUCCUCCAGGAACCUCCGUCAUUCGUGUGACAGCGUCAGAUCGUGAUCAUGGUACCAACAGCAAUCUGACCUACAUCAUCCCAGCGGGGAUCGGUGACAACAAGUUUCGCAUCAACCCAGCCACUGGAGCCAUCCACACUGUGGCCACACUGGACCGCGAAGAAAAAGACCAGUUCACUCUGACUGUAUAUGUGCGUGAUGGAUCCUUCCCGGCUCAGUACGACACUGCUUCUGUCUUGGUAACACUUACAGACGUCAAUGACCACGCUCCCGAGUUCCGUGACUCCUGCUACCCCUUGCGUGUGCCGGAGAACACUGACCUCUCCGUCAUUCACACAGUGUUAGCCACUGACAGAGACGCAGGACUCAAUGGCAAGGUCAGAUACUCCAUAACAGAUGGUAACGUCAACAACAAAUUUAGUAUUGGGUCAUAUUCUGGGCAGCUGUCUUCUCGACCUCUAGAUCGAGAGGCACACGCCAAGUAUUUCCUGGUGAUCACGGCAGAAGACCGGGCAUCCUCGGCCCUUCGUGGUAUCUGCAACAUCACCAUAACAGUCGAGGACCAGAAUGAUAACGACCCCAAGUUCUCCCAGAACCGGUACACGUCCACUCUGCCUGAGGACGCCCUGCCGGACACGACGGUGUUAACUGUGAGGGCUGUGGACGAGGACCACGGUGAGAACGCCCGUAUCACCUACUCCCUCAGUAACGAGACUCAGUGGCUCUUCAAGAUAGACAAUGAGACUGGUGUCAUCACAACUGCUGGGUACUUCGACCGAGAGAAACAGAAUGUGUACACAUUCGAGGUGCGGGCGACUGACGGCGGGCGGUAUGACUCUCGCUCGGAGAAGGCACAGGUACAGAUCACCAUUACUGAUGUGAAUGACAAUAAGCCAGUGUUCACACAGUACCCGUUCACCGUGGACGUGCCCGUAUAUUCCCAGCCCGGUCACCAGCUGCUCCAGGUCUCCGCCACCGACAAAGAUGAGGGGGUCAACGCCGAUAUUGUUUUUAGCUUGGUGGAUGAACCGGCCAACAAUAAGUUCCGAAUCACCCCUGAGACCGGGAUUGUGACAGCCACUAGCCAACUGGGCCUGGAGAGUGGCCGCAUCUUCCAUCUCGAGGUGGUGGCCCAGGACCGUGGCCGUCCUCCACAGUCUUCCACGGGCCUCGUAGAGAUACGGGUCGGAGACGCCACUUCAGCCACCACACUUCAAUUCCAGAAUUUUACCUACUCCGCCGAAUUGGGUGAGAACGCACCUGCUGGCUCAGACGUGGUGAAAGUUGGCGCCUUCCGCUCUGAUCGUCGAAAACAGAGAAUAGCAUACAGCUUUGGCUCUGGAAACGAGGACCACAUCUUCGACAUAAACAGUAACAAUGGCCUGAUCCGUGUGCGAGACCCUCGACGCCUGGACUAUGAGACUAUCCCAAGGAUGAGGCUCAUCGUGGUGGCUCAGGCAGAGGGAGAGACGCCCCUCUAUGCUUACACCAGCGUCUGGAUCACACUUGUUGACAUGAAUGACAAUGCCCCUCGCUUCACACAGGACCGCUACGUGUCUUCCGUCUGGGAGGGCUACAAUAAGGGGGCCUACGUCAUGCAGGUGUCGGCUACUGACGACGACACAGGAGUUAAUGCCAACAUCGUCUACCACAUCGUCGACGGCAACCAUGAUAACGCCUUCGUCAUCGACCCGCCCUUCUCUGGAAUCGUUAAGACCAACAUCGUGCUGGACCGGGAGAUCCGCGACGCCUACAAGUUAACCAUCAUCGCCACAGACGAGGGCGUGCCUCAGCUGACUGGCACCUGCACCCUCAGGAUCAACAUCGUGGACGCUAAUGACAACCAGCCAACCUUCCCUCCACACUCCAUUGUCCAAGUCUCUGAAGGUGCGGAGGUGGGUACCGUCAUCACCACCAUCACCGCCAAUGAUGUGGACACCAACCCGGCCAUCACCUACAACUUCGCGGCAGACGGCAACCCUCACAAUAUGUUCAGCAUCGACAAGUUCAGUGGCAAGAUCACCCUGGCAGUGCCGCUGGACCACGAGGCUCGUGCUGAGUACAUGCUGCAGGUGGAGGCGUCAGACACCGCCCAUGUGGCCACCACCUCCAUCACCGUCCAGGUAGUUGAUGAGAAUGACAACAGCCCCAUCUUCACCCAACAGGCCUACCAAGUGGCCCUCCCAGAGCUGUCUGUCUCUGGCACCUCUGUCAUACGGGUAAACGCAACAGACGCUGACGCAGGGAACAAUGCUCGUGUAUCAUACAGUCUGGGCACAUCAUCGGACGGCGGGUUCUACAUCAGCGAGAGGACAGGUGUCAUUUUCACCAACUCCUCCAUCCAUUACAACCCCCGCCACCCUGUCAUCCAGCUGGUGGUAACCGCCAGGGACGGUGGAAGACCUUCCCUCGCCGCCGUCGCUGCCGUCAGGAUACAAGUCACUGACGUCAACGACAAUGCCCCAAAGUUCUCCCGAGAAGUUUACACAGCCCAUGUGAGCGAAGAUGCCCCUCGAGGUCACCCAGUCACCCGUGUGUCUGCCUCUGAUAUGGAUGAGUCGCGCCACAACCGUAAUAUCGACUACCGACUGGUGGGCGGUAACGAGCUUGGUGCUUUUCAGAUCACUAGCAGCACUGGGGAGAUCAUCCUGGUGAAGAGGCUCGACCGUGAGGAAUGGGCUGAGUUCCGCCUGGUAGCUCUGGCCACCGAUCGAGGACGACCCGCGAGAAAUGCCACAGCGGAGGUGAUCAUCACCGUAGAUGAUGUUAAUGACCAUGCCCCCAUUUUUAACCAGAGCGAGUACGCUGUCACUGUGAGUGAGUCUCUGAGCCUGGGUGCAUCAGUCCUGCAGGUGCUGGCCUCAGAUAAUGAUGCCGGGGACAAUGCACGCAUCAACUAUGACAUUACAUCAGGGAACGAUCGCCAGGUGUUUGCUCUGGACUCCGAGACAGGUGUGGUCACUCUGCGAGAGGCUCUGGACUAUGACAGUGUAGCUGAAUACCGCUUUAUUGUCCGGGCAACUGAUAGUAACCGCCACCAUCCAUUGUCAGCUCUGGCCACGGUGCAUAUCACACUGGAAGACGAGAAUGAUAACGCUCCACAAUUCCCUGUUGACAAGUAUCUUGAGUUUGUGGGCGAGAAUGCUCCUGUCGGCACCUCGGUGUUUACUGCACAUGCUAAUGAUGCCGACAGGGGACAGUAUGGAGCACUCAACUACUCCAUACCUGGAGGCAAGGACAUGGACAAGUUCAGUGUUGACUACAAGACGGGUGUCGUAGUCACUAAGGCAAUGUUCGACUAUGAGGAUAAGCAAGCUUAUUCAUUCUUGCUCCGUGCAAUUGAUGCAGGAGGCAAGUCCUCUGUGGUCACUGUCCAGGUCAACGUGGACAGCCAGGAUGAGUUUGCACCUGAAUUCUUAGAACGUAACUAUUUCUUUCCUAUACCACCCAACAUGGAGGUCGGGAUGGUGGUGGGGCGAGUGGAGGCCACAGACAAGGAUGAGGGCCCCGAUGGCCGUGUCUUCUACUCCCUCCGUACAUCAUCUAACACAUUCAAAAUUAAUCGCACUUCUGGAGAGAUCACUGUGCGACGAACUGGUGCAGGCGAGGAGGGGCUCACACGGUUGGAGGUGGUGGCCACAUCAGGACUGGUGGGAUCUCUCAGUGCCGUGGCUGUAGCUGAGGUGAGUGUCGGAGGAAAGAACGGAACAUGGAACAACACGACACCUCCAACUACCGGGGGCCAGGACUCAGGAGGCCUUGCCACCUGGGCGAUCGGUCUGCUUAUUGCCCUCAUCUUCCUAGUGAUCAUCUUUGGAGGAGCAUUUUUGUUCUUGUACCGACGGAACAUUCGUGCUCGGAAACCUGCAAUGGCCGACCAGUUUGAUACUUCCUUUGACACUAUAGACAUCCGACCUCCACCCACACCACAACCAGACCUGUCCCAAUAUCCACCGCGCUACAACGACCUACCUCACUAUGACCACCAUGGGGAGCGCAGCCAUCACCAUGGCAACACCACAUCAGAGAUGAGUGAACAAAGCCAGAGUGCCAGCAGCGGACGGGGCAGUGCUGAUGACAACGAAGAUGUGGAGGACGAGGAGAUCCGCAUGAUCAAUGAGGGUCCUCUUAUACAACAGCAGAAGUUGAGGGAAAGACUUGGCCUGCCUGACUCCGGAAUUCGUGAUGAUGACAACAUGAGCGACGUUUCUGUACACAACACUCAGGAAUACCUGGCAAGACUCGGUAUUGACACUACCAAAAGUGAGUCGACCAAGGGCUCACAGGACCUGGCGCACUCCAUGGAAAGUAUGCACAUGUUCGACGACGAAGGUGGAGGAGAGGCAGAUGGCAUGGAUAUCAGCAAUCUUAUUUAUGCUAAGCUAAACGAGGUCACACCAGAGGAAGAAUCCUCCAUAAUGGACGGCACACGGGCAUUUGGAUUUGGUGAUGAGAGUCAACCCUCCAUGACGGGUUCUCUUAGUUCUAUCGUCCACAGUGAAGAGGAGUUGCAGGGUUCUUACAAUUGGGACUACUUGUUGGACUGGGGGCCGCAAUAUCAGCCUCUGGCUCACGUUUUCUCUGAAAUUGCCCGCCUCAAGGAUGACUCUGCACCUAACUACAGUAGGGAGCCAAUGAAAAAGACGCUGAAUCCACAGGUGAAGACGAUCCCACCACCACUGCUGACGAGCGUGGCGCCGCGCUCCAUUGCCCCUGUGGCGCUCAGCUCGGUGCGCACUAGUCAGUUGACGCUCCCAUCCCUGCCUCGCUCCCCCAUCAGCCACGAGUCCUCCUUCACCUCCCCUGCCAUGUCACCAUCCUUCAGUCCUUCCCUCUCCCCGCUGGCCACCCGAUCCCCAUCCAUUUCGCCGCUGAUGACCCCAGGAAGCGUCAGCCAUACCACAUCUCCUGCCGCCGCUGCUGCUGCUGCUCAGACUUCGGCCACGUCCACGCCACACCAUGGUCGACCAGUUGGUCAGCGGCCAGGGCCGACAGGGCUUAUGGCCGGGGCUUCAUCGGGCUCAGAAACAGAACUCAGGAUAUAGCCGUCACUAUACCCUCUUCUUUACCACUACCACUUCUACCACCACCACCAUCACCCUCACCAGCACCACCACCAUAACCACAGCAGCCUGCCCCUACCCCAACGCCCACACUAGACUGCCCCGGCUCCAAACAAAGGACCCUGCCCCCUGCCUCAACAGACUCCAGACUUUACCUUGUUAGUGGCCAAAUUACGAAUGUGAUAUAGUUAUUGGUGUGACGUUGCCAAAUGUGCUUCAUCGCAUGGUACAUUACGUGUGUGUGUUCUGUGUAUAUUUGUGAAUAUUUAAAUAUUAGAAUCAAAGCUGGCAUGGAAAAAGAGUGAGAGUGGGGCGCUCCCUCUUGUCAGGUCCUCACCUGAUGGAGGCUCUUGGGCGAAGAAAGUGGCAGUGUGUUUGAUAAGGUGACAUUAAUGGUGAGUGUCAGUGACUGUGUAAGCACUGUUGAAUCUACCACCUGGUGAGAACAGCCGUCACCAUCAUGUAGCCGGUGCGACUUGAUGCCUUUAUUGAAUUGUACCUCAGUAAUCAGUGUUUGUUGAUCAUUUGCUCGUUAUACCAGUGCUCGUUAACUAGUGUUGUUAAGCAGUGCAUCGGUGACCGACGAUGCGUGACGAAGUCUGAUGGAGUCACCAAAAAACAACCAACCAGUUACUAAGCGUGCCAGAGCUGUGAGCCAUGAGGCCGCCUCACAGACAAGUAUCUUAUAUCCGUGUGCGGUGUAGCGGAACUCUGCUGCACCUCAGUGAUGGUAACAUAAACCUAUCAGUGUGUCAUCCGCCCCUCACGCCCACGUCGCUGUGGCUGUGUACUCAUUUUGUUCUCCAGUGAUAACUCAAAUCAGUGUUUUUAGUGAAAUAAACACCCAGUGCAAAUAAAUAUAGAGCUUCGAUAAAGGUGCCCUGUUUGAAAAAUAAGGGUGCUAACUGUAUCACCUCAGAAGUUAUUUGCCAAAUGUGUCACACAAGGAAUGUUAUGCCAAUGAACCUGCCCAUAGUGGCGCAGUGCCAAGGUAGUUACCACACCUACGACCCCUCGCCGGCAACAUGUUCUGCCUCCUGCACUACCGGGUCUUCCUGUUAGUGUGAACCUCUGUACUUUCCCACAUCCUCUCCUGGAUACCCUUCCUUCCUUCCUUUUUUUCUAUUAUAUGUGUGAUAAAAUCCCCUACACCUUCCUUUCAAUAAGGUUUUGUCCUCUCACUCUCCUAUUCAGGCUAGGGUGAUGUCGACCUUCCAGGGUGCAGACACACACCACCUCACUGUCCACGGCUCUGCUGAACAUUACCUCUGACAGUAGUGACAUUUUGCUGCAUUACCCAAGGAGAUAAUAUUUUAGCUGAUUUUGGUAACAUGACUGUCUCUCCUCCAAAGCUGCUCAUGUUUACAUAACUUUACCUUAUCCACUGGCCAAGACCCACUUCUCUUCACCAUACUGACAAAAGAUUGCUGGAUGUUGGAUCUCUAAGUCUAAGGAAACAAACUGUGUGCUAAAGCCAAGCAGUGUGAGUCUUGCUUUGAGUCUAAGGAUUAUUUCUCUCCCGCUCUCCGUCUUCUCUUAUUUAUCCUCAGUUAUACCAAAGUUAUAAAAUGCUUGAUUUACU